AUGGCUGACACACACGGGCAGAAGCUAACGGUAUUCAAUCUGGUGAUUGUCCUCGCCCUCUGCUUUGGCAGCUUAACUUAUGGCUACUGUUUUUCCAUUGUCACUACUACACUGGGCCAGCCGUCCUUUUUCACUUAUUUUGACUUAACGCAAGACCCCACGGAUGCAGACCGAUAUGCUUUCACGAAUGAAAUCAUCGGAGCAAUGAAUGGCUGCUUCUCUGGAGGCGGGUUCCUGGGAGCAGUCUUCGUUGGAUGGGCAGCCGACGCCCUGGGGCGCAAGAAAACCCUCGUGCUCGGAUCUGCCAUCGGGAUCAUUGGUGGUGCCUUCCAGGGCGGUGCCGCUCAUAUUGCUAUGUUCCUAGUCGGAAGAUUUGUUGGGGGCUUCUCUGUCGGUAUUCUGGUCGUCUUGGUACCCCUGUUCCAGUCCGAGAUUGCACCACCGGCCGUACGUGGCUUCCUCGUCUCUCAGCAUGGUGUUAUUCUUGUGCUGGGCUACUCUCUCGCCGCCUGGAUCGGGUGCGCGUGCUACUUCACCAACAACGCCGCGUUUCAAUGGCGCUUUCCUCUCUGUGUGCAAAUAUUGUGGCCUCUGCUUAUGAUUAUCCUGGGUCCCUUUUUACCAGAAUCUCCUCGGUGGCUUCUCGUCCAGGAUCGCCACGACGAAGCUUGGAAAGUGGUUGAAAAGCUGCAUUGUGGCGUGGAAGACUCUCACGAUUCCGCAACUGCUCAAUUCGCUCGCGAGGAGUUUUACCAAAUGAGUCACCAAGUCGCGGCCGACAAGAAAAUGUCGAGCAAGGAGACCGUCUGGACGCUUUUCACCAAGCCAUCAUACCGCAAGCGGAUGUUUUGCGCCUUUCUGGUCAUGUUUGGGUCCGAGUCGACCGGUAUUCUCGUCAUCUACAACUACAGUGUUCUUCUCUAUCAAGGCCUGGGUUUUACGGGUUCUCUCCCGUUGAUCCUCGCCGGGGCAUACGUGACAGUGGCCUGCUGCGGCAACUUUAUCAACUCCCUAUUGAUCGACCGCGUCGGUCGCGUCCGACUCCUCGUGAUAGGAUGGACCGGCUGCCUUGUCAGUCUCUGUUUCGAAGCAGCGCUGAGUGCAGAGUACAUUGGGACUACACACAAGGCUGGAUUGAGUGCCGGCGUUUUCUUUUUGUUCCUAUACAUUACGUUCUAUGGCUGUUGCGUCGAUGCGACGUCCUGGUGCUACACGGUGGAGAUUUUCCCCACCCACAUUCGAAGCCGUGGCAUGUCUUUCGGCUGUGCUGUCCUCUUCCUCUCCUGCAUCGCAUAUCUCGAGGCCGCUCCAACUGCUUUUGCAGAAGUAGGAUAUAAAUUCUAUUUCUUGUUUAUCAUCCUGACGGCUAUUAAUACACCAGCACUGUGGUAUUUCUGUCCGGAGACCAAGAGGCUGUCUCUGGAAGAGAUUGGGGACAGGUUCGGUGAUGAGGUCUUGGUGCAUCUCACGCAUAUUACGAACGAGGAGAGAGCACAGCUCGAUAAAGCAAUCGAAGCGGAGGGGAAAGAGGUUCUUACAGUGGAGGACAAGCAUGAGUAG